GUAUGACCACAGACGAGGCGGAACGAACCGAGGGGCGAUCUUGUACAUGCGACAUUAUCGUUAUCCGCGGUCCGCGCUAUAGUAUUGGUCGGUGGUGCAAUUUGUAUAUGUUCUGUGGUGGUGCACGUAAAUACGUGCAUAGGCCAUAGGCGAGUGAAGUGGCCGUCAGUGGUCGUAGAGUCUGGUAUAGAGUCGUAGGGCGUAGAGUUGACCGUGCGCGUGUGUGUGCGAGAAGGGGGCGAGCGCUGGUGCGUCGCGGAUACCCUGUCGCGCGCUUGCCGGAGCUGGAGCCGGAGCGCUCGUCAUCGCCAUGGCCCCGUGCGCGUGGUCCUUUCGUGGGAACCUCAACCGGUUCCUCGUCGACGUGCCGAUCCUGCAGUGUCUGAUCGUGCUGGUGAGCCUGUUCAAUCUCUCUCUGUGCCUCUACGAGGACCAAGUCGGCAAAUUCGAUUGGAGGCAGAACUACGUCGGGAAAAUUAAAUUCGCCAGCUUCGACACGGUGUCCACGGCGAAGAAGAUCAUCGUUGCCACCGAGGAGAACGUUAUUGCCGCGCUUAAUCUGAAAUCGGGCCAAAUAUUAUGGAGGCGAGUGUUAGAGAAAGGUUAUGGCGGACGUAUCAGAACUCUAGGAGGUGUCACGGAUGGAGAUUUGAUAUCUGUAAGCGGAGGUGUUCCUGCCAUCGUUCGCGCCUGGGAUUUGGCGACCGGGCAUAUACUUAAUGAAUGGCCGAUAGCCGAGCCAAAUAGCGACAGACUUGCAACUCCGUUUGUAUCGUUUUCUACAUUGGGCUUGUACUCUGCCGACAGGAUAAAAGAUGUAAAGUGGCAUAUCAAAGAUGGAACGUUACAUCAUAUAUUACCCAUUUAUAAUAGCGGAGUGGAAGUAACGUCUUACGACAGCAAGACUGGAGAAAAACUAAAAAGUCGGAAGGUUUCUGCGCCAUUCAUAAGUCGAGAAACGGAAUGUAUUCUAGCAGCUCCAUAUUUGGCGUGUUUGAAAGGAGAUAGUUCUUUAGCUGUAGUAUUCUUAGUACAUCUAUUCGAUACCAAUGCCCAAUCACAAUCAGUUACGAUAAAUACAAUAUUUGGGGCUGGCGCCCAAGGACCAUAUAAAUUAGAACCUGUGCUCGGAGAAGGACCUGUAAUUUCCAUUAAUGCCGAUAAUGAUCAAAGAAAACGGAUUUUGGUUAUCGGAGAAUUUCCAACUCCCAUACAGCGAGACAUCGCUGGUGAUGCGACCCUUUAUGUUGUCUCCGUUGACAAUGAGAAAAUUCUUUUGGAAACAACAUAUAAAAAUGGAAAAAUAGAUAUAACAGCUACAAACCUAUUAUCGUCUGCACUUAUACCUGAUUUAUCGGUUACUCUGACUCAUUCUUCUAUACAAUCACCGAUUAUAAUGGCAUCCGUUUGUCCACGGCAAACGAAAGGGAUAACAUGCCGUCACUUGUUAUCCUCUCAAGAUCACAGCAUCGCAUUGUUGCAACACAAUAAACUGGUAUGGGCAAGGGAGGAAGCACUCGCCAGUAUUGUGGCUGUUGAAAUUAUGGAAUUGCCUAUGUCUGACAGGGAUCAAGCUAUUGAAACGGAAUUCGAUCAGAAAGAGAGUAUUGAUGUAGACAGUUCAUGGGACGUUCUAAGUAUGUUUCUUCGAAGGAUAACAUCACAGAUUAAUCAAGCCAGAGCGUUCUUUCAAACAAUACUGGAUUUAGUACCGCAGCAAUCCAAUCAACGUAUUGAUCUGGUGCAAGAUAAAUUUGGCUUGCACAAAAUGAUUGUAGCCAUUACAUCUGCCGGCAAGCUGUAUGGUAUUGAAACUAGAAAAGGCGAAAUUAUCUGGCAAUUCAGGUUACCUAAUAUUCGCGGUUUUACAAAACUGUCUAAUACGAUGAUUUUGUAUGUACAAAGAGGCAGCAGGCAUUUUCCUCAUCUACCUCAAUGUGCAUUAUUAGCAGAAGAUAAGGAAACCGGAGAAGGUGUUAUAUACACUUUUAAUCCGAUUACCGGGCAGUCGUUGGACGGACUAGUGAAACUUGGUUACAAAAUAAAACAAUCUAUGUUAUUGCAUGUAGCGACUGAUGACUUUUUACGUGGUAUCCUAAUUCUUGACGCGCGGGAUAAAGUUCAUGUUUAUCCCGACAGCGCUACCGCGGUUGCAGCUUCACUCGGGAAAAAUACGUAUCUUUUCACUGCUGAUCAAACGACAGGCAUAUUAUCUGGCUUCUCUCUUUCAUACAGUACAACUCAGGAACUAAUCGCUCACAAAGUGUGGGAGCUGUUGCUGUCACCGAGAAACCAAAAAAUAACACAGGUUGUAGCGAAAAAUCCGAUAGAACGUGUGCACUCUCAAGGGAGAGUCUUGAGUGAUAGAUCAGUAUUGUAUAAGUACAUUAAUCCUAAUUUAGUGGCCAUAGUGACAGAAGGCAUCGGGCAUGCCCAUAAAAAUACGCUUAAUUUAUACUUAUUAGACGUAGUAUCUGGGGCUAUGAUUUUUUCUAUCACACACAAGAGAGUACGCGGUCCAAUCCAUAUUGUGCACUCGGAGAAUUGGUUGGUAUAUAGCUAUUUUAAUGAGAAAGGACGUAGAACGGAAAUCGCUACGUUAGAACUCUACGAAGGAAAGAUACAAAGCAACAUUACAGUGUUCUCUUCUUUAGCAACAACAAAAUUGCCAAUUGUAGAAAGGCAAGCUUUUAUUUUUCCGGCAUCUAUAGAAUAUAUGCAGGAAACAAUAACAGAAAAGGGUAUCACUAGUAAACAUAUAAUAGUUGCUUUAGCCAAUGGUGGAAUAUUAGAGUUGCCGUGGAUGAUGGUGGAUCCACGACGGCCUAUUAAUCCUGAAAUGCGAGAAGAAGGAGUAAUACCGUACAUGCCAGAGAUUCCAGUCCAUAUGGAUGCUAUUAUUAAUUAUAAUCAAAGCGUUUCUAGGGUUAUGGGUAUUCAUACUAGUCCUAGUGGCCUUGAAAGUACUUGUUUAGUUUUUGUACAUGGACUUGACCUGUUUUACACAAGAGUAGCACCAUCGAAAACAUUCGACGUCCUCAAAGAAGACUUUGAUUAUUAUCUUAUUGUGAUAGUACUCGCAGCGCUCUUGAUCUCAUCAUAUAUCACCAAAAAGUUAGCAUCCCAAAAAGCUCAAAAGCAAGCGUGGAAAUGAUGCCUUGUUUUUCUAGAAUUGUGUUAUAUUUAUGAAUUUGUUCACUAUAGGCAAGAAUUUUUCCUAAAGAUAAAUUGUAAGAUAUACUGUUUUAUAAAUAGCUAAUUUUAAAACACAAGGUAAUUGCUAAUAUUUCAUUAUAGUUUACCUAAAAAUUAUUCAAUCUUAAAUCCUAAACAAAAACAUACGAUAAAACGUAUCAAGAGGCGCGGUCGCGUCUCGCGCCAAAGUGAACGCGAAGCGAGAAAGACCGAGCCUCUUACGCGAAUAUACUUUUACUUGGUUAAUCUGGUACAGAGCGCACAUAUGCGUUGUUGAGUAAAUUCUUUCAAAGCGUGAUGAUCAAUGUGCGACGAGAGUGGACCAUGAUCAUUGAUCGUUAAACUACAUUAAAGCAACUCACAACAUGCUCAAAUAUAAUUGUUUCUUCAUUAAUUGUACAGCCAUUUCUGUAAAAAAUAAGAGUUUUUUUUUUUUAUAUCUAUAUACUUUCUAUAUAAAUCAAAGCAAGAAUCGGCAAUUUUUAGAGACAAUUAAGAUUAUGUUCAUAAUACAUCAUUCUCUAUAGUGAAAAUUUUAGAAUAUUAAUAUAUAUAGUAAACAAUGUUAUAUAAAAACAGAUAUUUGUUUGACACACGAAAGAAAAAUUUGAUUAUUAUGUUAAAUAUGAUAAUCUAAUUAACAAAUAAAUAUUAAUAAUUUACUUUCAUAAUUGUGUGCAAAAUAUAAGCUGAAAUUUAUGAAUAUAUUUUGCAUCUUUCUUUAUAAGUCUCAUAAUUCUUUAUAAUGGUAUAUUGUAAAACCUUUAUGUGUGCAUUUUAUAUACAUACUCGUAUAUUUCAAAUUUUUUGCAAAUUGUCUUAUGAUCAAAUUUUUUUUAAAAACAUCAUACGAGACUUAUGCUCGAAUAUACCGAUACAACUUAAUUUUAAACUUGGUUUAAAACUUGUUUUCUAUUUUAUUUUAAUUAUGAAAAUUAAUAAAAGACAUUAAACCAAGCUUAAAGUUAAGCUAGCUUAAUAGAUCUUAUAAAAAAUAUCAUGCAAAAAAAUUCAUCAUGUUAGUCAUUUGAAGAAAACACGAAAUUUUUAUCACUGCUCAGUUGAAAAAUUUAGUUAUAUAUACGCCUCCAGCUUUUAUUUUAUGUAUCAUUGACCCAUUAUUUACAUAACUUCAAAAAUUAAAAUACUUUAAAAUUGAAAAUAUUUCAAGGUAGCAAGAUCGUAAUCGUAAUUAUUAUUUGCAUUUAUAUAUGCAUUUCUCUUAUUUGAAAUAGUAGGCGAAUUGUUAGACUAGAGAAAUAUUACGAGAAUUUUAAACUACUUUGAAAAUUAACUAGUAAUUUAAUUAGCUUCAAUUUCGAAUUUAAAAAUCAAACAAAAACGAUUUAAUAGUGCACGCAAAAAAAUGUUGAAAUAUAAAAUUGAUUUUAAGAUGCGUGUAUGCGUGCAUGUGUAUAGGUGUAUUCGUGCAUGUGUGUAGGUGUAUGCGUGCAAGGAAUGCAAUAUUCAUUAUCAUGUGUAUAUUAAAAUUAAUUUGAAACUGGAGGAAUUAUAUGUAAAUAAACUUACCUAUAUAAUGUAUGUAUACGUAUGUAUAUAUAAUAUAUAUAUAUAUAUAUAUAUAUAUAUAUAUAUAUAUAUAUAUAUAUAUUACAAAUACAUACACAGAGCACCUUAACACAUUUUUGUUUUAUAAUGUAUUGCUUUGUAGAUAGUAAACAAAAGUAUAAUUAUAUGUAAGUUAUUGUAAAAUGUGGAAAUAAUUAUAAAAUGUUAGAAUUAUAUACAAUAAAAAUUUUCUGUCA